AUGCUAUCAAUGAGAAGCAACCCAACUUCAGCAGUGUUAUACACACUUAGUGGGCCAGUUCGGUGCGUCAAGGUAACCUUGGAUUGCAGAGAUUGUUCCAUACACUAUGGAAUAUGCAAGUAUUGUGAAAAUGACGGCGCGCGGUUUUAUCCCGCGAAUGAUGGUUCAAUUGAUUUAAUAGAAGUCAGCAACGUUACGUACAUUCAACUGGAUCUUUAUAAAUGGGUGCCAUCUCUCAGUAACCACUGUUGGGUGUCAUUUAGUGGUUUUGCGGAGGCUUAUAAUGAAAUUUAUCAGCAAGAAAUCAGAUCUUACAAUUGGUCAAAGCAAGACAAAUCGGCAGAUAAAGAUGAAAAUGUGUGCACUGAGGAUGAUAAAGGCAUUCUUCCAGGAGAAAUGUCAGCCAAAGUAGUUGCAAAAUCAUUCUGGAGUCGUGAAACAGAACUUGAACUUGCAUCCCUAGGAUUAAGGGGACAAUGGUAUUUUAAGGAAGAAAAAGAUGGAGAUAACACUGGAACUUUGGAUGAUAUUAUGGAUAUGGUAGACAAGAAGCGGUGUGCAGAAUUGUAUUCUCACAAUUGUUCGAAUAAUUGCAAAAUCAAAGGGUGUGGUCAGUUGUAUGUUGCAGAUGGUAACUGA